CACCGUGGGAUUCCUUACUGCAACAUACCCUGCUACAGUUUCUUAUUUGGUCCAGGAGGGUAUGGCCAUGGUGGCACCGAGUCUCAUAAAUAUCACGAUGAAGAGAAGCUUUCCCAAGCAGAGGUUGAUGCUUUAAGGAAUGAUAUAUUCCCAAGAUUACGAGGGUACAACACUUACUUUGAAAGCCGCAAGGCUCUGCAGUUAGCAUGUCGCGAGGCCAAUGGCCAGCUAAUCCUAGAAGGUGUCCUACGUGUUUAUUGGGGACUAAAAAACCCAGUUAUUCUUGCGAGCCACACUGCUGCAGACUGGAAGCGAAAACGAGCACUUUUGGACUCCCAGAAUGCUAACAUCAAGAGACAGGCUGUACUUAAAGAACGCAAAGAAAAUGAGCAGAGACCAAGAACAAGCACAUUAGAGAGAAUUCUAGCAAGAAGAAGGUCAAUCACUAAUAAGCAUACUAGCGAUGGUAGUAACCUACAGAAACGACCAAACUCUCCACAGACUAACUUAUCGAUAUCUGCUAGGGUAAGUUAUGUGCACACUUACUGUAGUGUUUUACAUAUUUGGAUUACCUGUGUAUGAGAAUUUAGAAUGUGUUUAAAAAAAACCCUAAAACCACCUUACCUUGCAUAAUACGCUUCUAAGUGAAAUGCUGUCAUUUUGUCUGGUUGAAACAAAAGUUUGACAGAAGAAAUCAUGUGAAUGACAGCUGUCAUUUCUUCAUUUGAUUG